AUGCUCUGGCCACCACUGCCCUGGCCACCACUGCCCUGGCCACCCCCUGAUCCUAUAAUCUUAACUCCACCAGAGCUUCCACCUCCUCCUCCUCCUCCCCCUCCACCACCAGAUCCCCCACCGAUAAUCUUAAUUCCCCCAGAACUUCCUCCUCCUCCUCCUCCCCCUCCACCACCAGAUCCCCCACCUAUAAUCUUAACUCCACCAGAGCUUCCACCUCCUCCUCCUCCUCCCCCUCCACCACCAGAUCCCCCACCGAUAAUCUUAAUUCCCCCAGAACUUCCUCCUCCUCCUCCUCCCCCUCCACCACCAGAUCCCCCACCGAUAAUCUUAACUCCACCAGAGCUUCCACCUCCUCCACCUCCUCCUCCACCACCACCACCAGAUCCCCCACCUAUGAUCUUAAUUCCCCCAGAACUUCCACCUCCUCCUCCACCACCACCACCAGAUCCCCCACCGAUAAUCUUAACUCCACCAGAGCUUCCACCUCCUCCACCUCCUCCUCCACCACCACCACCAGAUCCCCCACCGAUAAUCUUAACUCCACCAGAGCUUCCACCUCCUCCACCUCCUCCUCCACCACCACCACCAGAUCCCCCACCUAUAAUCUUAAUUCCCCCAGAACUUCCACCUCCUCCUCCACCACCACCACCAGAUCCCCCACCGAUAAUCUUAAUUCCCCCAGAACUUCCUCCUCCUCCUCCCCCUCCACCACCAGAUCCCCCACCUAUAACCUUAAUUCCACCGGAGCUUCCACCUCCUCCUCCCCCUCCCCCUCCACCGCCAGAUCCCCCACCAAUAAUUUUAACACCUCCUGAUCCUCCUCCACCCCCACUGCUACCCCCUCCACAGCAUAUCCCUCCUCCACCACCAGAUCCGCCGCUCAUGUAUGGGAUCUUCUGCUGGCUCAUUCCACCCCCCUGUCCCCCACCAGAUCCUCCUCCGAUGCAGCAUCCUGAAGACUGUCCACCAAUGCUGCCUCCUCCACCACUUGAUCCUCCUCCACAGCAGCCUUGUCCGCCUCCGCCUCCGCCACCUGAGACAAUGAUGAUCUUCUGGCCGCCUCCACCACCGCUGCUGCCUCCUCCACCACCGCCUCCGCCACAACAGCAACAGCAGCCUGAUGACCCUCCUUGGCCUUGA